CUGGCUCACAAGCGCAUGAGGACGGUGACCAACUACUUUCUGCUCAACUUGGCCUUCUCCGACGCCUCCAUGGCCGCCUUCAACACUUUGAUCAACUUUGUGUACGCCACCCACGGGGAGUGGUACUUUGGGGAAGCCUACUGCAGAUUCCACAACUUCUUCCCCGUGACGUCGGUGUUCGCCAGCAUCUACUCCAUGACCGCCAUCGCCGUGGACAGGUACAUGGCCAUUAUCCAUCCUUUGAAGCCUCGUCUGUCAGCUAAGGCCACCACCGGAGUCAUUGCCUGCAUCUGGAGUCUGGCCGUGGUCCUGGCCUUUCCCCUCUGCUACUUCUCCAAAAUCCGAGUUCUGCCUCGCCGGACCUUGUGCUACGUGGCGUGGCCCCGCAUGGCAGACGACCCCGUCAUGUACCACAUCAUCGUGACCGUGCUGGUGUAUGUGCUGCCACUCGUGGUGAUGGGCAUCACUUACUCUAUCGUGGGCGUGACUCUGUGGGGAGGCGAGAUCCCCGGGGAUUCAUCUGACAACUAUCAUGGACAACUACGGGCUAAACGGAAGGUUGUGAAGAUGAUGAUCAUCGUCUUGGUGACCUUUGCCCUCUGCUGGCUGCCCUAUCACAUCUACUUCAUUGUGACGGGUCUCAAUAAGCAGCUGAUUAAGUGGAAGUCCAUCCAGCAGGUGUACCUGUCGGUUCUGUGGCUGGCCAUGAGCUCCACCAUGUACAACCCCAUCAUCUACUGCUGCCUCAACAGCAGGUUUCGGGCCGGCUUCAAACGAGCGUUCCGCUGGUGUCCUUUCAUCAAGGUGUCCAGCUACGACGAGCUGGAGCUGCGCUCCACCCGACAGCACCCGACCCGGCAGAGCAGCAUGUACACGCUCUCCCGAAUGGACACCACCAUGGUGGUGGUGUACAACCCUGCCGAGGGCGAGGGCGGGGCCGGCGGGGGUGGCUCCGGCAGGAAGUGGUCCAUGUCCUCCAGGAAGAGGAGCUACAUCACGUCUCGCCACACGCCCGCCUGCAGCAGCAGCGGGAGCGUGAAAAUGCAAAAUGGAGGUGUGGCGAGUUCGCAAGUUGAGGAGUUCUCUUGAGCGGCGUGAGAACCUUGCAUGUGACGCUUGUACACAAUACAUACUCUGUACAUACAAACCAGGCACAUUUGUGUGGAGCAGGGCCAGGGGCCCCGGAAUGACACUAUACCGGCCUCUGAGUUUGAAACUUUUUGCAGCAAAUUCCUAAAAAACACGAGAAUGCUCCCGUUGUGUGACAACUUAG